AUGGCUGUCUGUGUCUCCAUCUCCAUUACAAUAGAAACGACCUUCGACACCACCGUAACCACGGAGGUAAAUGGGCGGAGUCUCCCAGCCCUCACCACACGCUCCUCCCCCAUGGCCUGGCGUCUCGGCCAAUCACAAACCCCGCGUCUCCAGGCGGGCGACGCCCCCUCAAUGCCCAGCAGCUACGCGGCAGCGCCCAGGGCGACCACGACGAGCGCCGGGUGCACCACAGGGCGCUACACUGGGCACUCUGACACUUCCAGGUUUGUGUUCAGAAGAGGGGUGAGGGGGGCGGAGCAAGGGGAGAAUGGAGGAGGAGGAGGAGCAGGAGGAGGAGGAGAAGGAGAUGAAGGGCAGCAGUCGGAGAUGGAGAUAACAGGGUACUUGAGUGAAGGAGAUAUCCUAGGGAGGAGCAACCGGACCAAUGAGAUCACCAGCGGAUACCUUACCGACGGCGGCCUUCACCUGUAUUCGAGGAGCGCAGGCCGAGCCUCGGACUCUUCUACUUCUCAAGAUGUUUCCCAGAGAGGCAGCAAAGAGAUGCAGGGCGACAUCGACAGGGAGUCUAGGGGGUUGUCCGUGCCUGCUCAGGGGGCCGGCCAACGGCCGGGCAGGAAGGUGAACUGGGACGCUCUCCAAAUGACGCCAGUAGGAACCACUAUCUUCUCUGGUUUCUAUGGGAACAAUGGGGCAGCAGACAUUGAUGACGGUCCCAAUGGACAGAUAGAGUACACCAUCCAGUACAACCCCAGAGACCCGACAACAAACAGGACCUUUGACAUCCCCCUCACACUUUUUGGAUCCGUAGUCCUCAGAGAAAGACUCAACUAUGAGGAGAUCACACGCUACAUGGUCAUCAUACAGGCAAAUGACCGAGCCCCCUAUCCCAGUGAGCGCCGUACGGCCACCACCACUCUGACUGUGGACAUACUGGAUGGUGAUGACCUGGGUCCCAUGUUCCUCCCAUGUACGCUUGUGGGAAACACCCGUGACUGCAGUCCCAUCACGUACAGGGCUAAUGUCCUGGAGCUGACAGAGCCGAAGGAGCAAGUGCACGCAGACAGGGACAAGAGUUACUAUGGAGAGGGGGUGGGAGGGGAUGAUGUGGAGGAGGGAAUCAAACGGAGAGGAGAGGAGAGUCAGACACAGAAAAGUGAUGCUGGGAAUAUACUUGAGGGGUUUUAA